AACGAAGGUAGCUGAAGAUGACGACCCCGAUCGUGAUUUCUUCGCAAUCUGUAGGAGAGAGGCAGUAGUACAACUCCGCACAGCACGAAACGGAAACGGAGAGCAAGAAGAGCAGCGUGCAGCUACCAAGACUACUUUAGCAGAAGAUACCUCAGCAGCAAAUAGCUUCCAAGGAACUGGGUGGAGAGGCGGUCACCCUGCACGGACCGGCGCAGACGAGCCCGGCGAGGAAAAGCGGGACACUGUGUCUUUUAGGGGAGUACAAGAACCCACGAUCAAGGCAGAGGAUACUCGAAGUCUGAUCCAGCUGCUGAAUGCUGUCUGCAAGCUGAAGCGCGUCGUUCUUCUCGAAGGUUCUUGUGCGGGUGGUCGAACAAGUUGUCUUGGUGGAAGAAGUUUGCCCGGAGUUCUCCAAGGCAAGGAAGCUGUGGGCGCUUUAAAACCUGGUGUCCCGAUACAACCAGCAGGGGCUCCGGAGCGACGCCGAGAUGACGAAAUUGCCAGCGCCGUCCUGAAAGAGAUUGUGCGCUACGCAGCAACAGAAAUAUCGGCACGCGUAGAAUCCGGCGCAAUCGUUUCGCCUCUGGAUCUGUCCACGUGCGCACAGGCGUUGGCCCCACAUUGUCGCGGCGCCGGCGGCGCUGGCCGCCCGACUGGUCCAACUAGGAACGGGCAAGAUUUUCACUCGGACAACAAAGUAGCUGCAACGGCGUUUCGAAACCUAGUGAGAUCGGCUGGUGGACUGCUCGCCUCUUUUGACGAGAAGCCAUUGGCGAAUAUCGCCAACGCCAUUGCAAAAGCUGCGCUGCCGAAAGAGACGCACGGGGCGUUCUUCGAACUCUU